UGCGCUGACACGGUUGGGUCCCUCAGAGACACGAGCCGCGUCCUGUCAGUGUGGACGGGGAGGAUGUGAACAUGAAUGAUGCGAAUGAUGCGGACGCAGAUGAUGUGAAAGAAGACACAAACGCUUCCGUUGCGCUCCUGCUGCCGGUUUACAGCCCCGAUUUAGAACAUGUCCUCCUCUCCAGAGGACAUCGAGGACGUGACACUUGUCUUUGAUCAGCUCCGAUGAUGAUCCUUCUCUCCUCUCCAAAGUGUCCGCACUGUGUGUGUGUGUUCGCGGGGUUCUGCGCGAAUUACCACCUUGGCCAGGUACGACCAGUGUCAUACAUUGACCCUACUGACCUGCAGCCAGAUGGAGCCCGCUGGACCCACUAGGCCAGUGACCCUUAUUCCAACUUCAGGCCGACCCACUCCCUUGAAGGUCCAGAACCCUGCUCCUGGACGGGAUGAGCAUCGAGCCAAGGCUUCAAGUACACCUGCAACUACUGGAAGAGUGGGCCGGCCGAAGCUGAGCAUGCCUGGGGCACAUUACACACCCACUUCCCCUGUGUCUGUAACCAUGCCCCCUGUGCCUGUGGACAUGCCCUCUAGCCUCCUGGCACCUGGCCACAAAGGCCUGGAAAAUUCUACAUCCCGUAGCCCUGCCCCAAUCAAGGUCGGGCCAGCAUGUGGUCCAGUGUCCACCCUGUCUCCCACCAUUCCUUCCGCCACUCUCAGCCCUCAGCCGCGGGAAAUCCAGCCUUCAUGUGGGAGUGCAGAAGUCCGCCCCCAAAACAGCGCAUCAGACAAAAAAGUUGAAGAUUUCAGGGUGCACAUAGUCACAUGGAAUGUGGGGUCUGCUGUCCCUCCCGAUGGCAUCACAUCCCUGCUGGAGCUGAAUUCUGCUGAUGGCAAUGCUGACAUGUACAUCAUUGGGCUGCAGGAGAUGAACUCCAUGAUAAACAAACGCCUGAAGGACGUUCUCUUCACUGACCAGUGGACAGAGCUGUACAUGGACACCCUGAGCCCCAGGGGAUAUGUACUGGUGACUUCAGAGCGCAUGCAGGGAGUGCUGCUGCUGGUGUUUUCCAGGUACUCGCACCUGCCAUUCCUGCGAGAGAUCCACACCGAAAGCACGCGCACCGGACUGGGGGGCUACUGGGGAAACAAGGGAGGUGUGAGCGCUCGCAUGACUGUAUUCGGGCACUCGGUGUGUUUCCUGAACUGUCACCUGCCCGCACACAUGCAGAACCUGGGCCAGCGAGUAGAAGACUUUGAGAGCAUCCUGCAGCAGCAGCAGUUCCAGUGUGGCGGGGGCAUGGGCGUGCUGGACCAUGACCUCGUGUUCUGGUUCGGGGAUCUCAACUUCCGCAUUGAGGACUACGACACCCAUGUUGUGAAGAGUGCCAUUGAGAGCAACAGGCUUUCAAUGCUGUGGGAAAAGGACCAGCUCAACAUGGCCAAGCAAAGCGAACCAACACUGCGCGGGUUCGAGGAGGGCCCUCUGAUCUUCCCCCCCACCUACAAGUUUGACGUUGGGACACACACCUACGAUACCAGUGCAAAAAAACGCAAGCCUGCCUGGACCGAUCGCAUCCUGUGGAGACUGAGAGCGACGUGUUCGCCUGGCCCCACUCACCUCCCCACCGUCAGGCGGGGCUUGACGUCCUGGCUGAGCCAUGGCUUGAGGGUCACGCAGCACACAUACCGGAGCCACAUGGGCUACACCAUCAGUGACCACAAACCAGUCAGCGCCACUUUCACACUGCAGUUUCCUUUCAAGGUGGACAUUCCACUGGUUACGCUGUCAGUGGAUAAGGAGUGGAGCAAAGUGUCAGACGCUUCCGUCAGUUUCCAGGUGGUCUCUUCCUUCGCUCGCAAUUCCUGGGACUGGAUUGGCCUGUACAAGGUAGGGUUCAGACAUGCAAAGGACUACGUAGCAUACGUCUGGGCAAGACUGGAGGAGUCUGACCACCUGGCAGAGGAGCACCAGGUCAUUUUUGCCGAAGAAGAUUUGCCGAAGGGCUGUGGAGAAUACAUUCUGGGCUACUUCAGCAACAGCAUGAACACUAUCGUUGGGCUGACAGAACCCUUUCAGGUCCAGCUGCCGUCCUGCAGCCCGCUGGUCAGUCGCAGCGGGAGCUCCAGCAGCAGCUCAGAGGAUGACAGCACACUGGGUCUGCUGCCUUCGCAGUCGCGCAGCCCAAGUCCUGCAAGCAGCAAGCAGCACCGGCCCAGCCGCAGCCGCAGUCCCGCCCUGCCCACUCUGCAGGGCCUUAGCCUGAGGCCCCGGCCUCGGUCCCGCGAAGCCAUCCCCCGUAGCCCCUCCCCUUGUGCCUCUGCCAGCAGGAAAGAGCGCCUCAUUUCCCCAGACAGUCCCAUGUCUGGCCAAACCCGCUCCCGCACCCCCGGCACUCCAGGCACCCCUGGUAUCGAGGUCAGCACCCCUGAAGCUCUGAUCGCUGCCAUUAUUGGGGACCACAUUCCUCUGCAGGGCUCCCUUUAUGGGGCGAAGCCUGUUGGAGAGCCCAGGGAUGCGACCCUGUGACCGACCUGAUGACAGCUGGUGCUGAGGUUUCCGGUGAGGUGUGCCAUUGACCCGGGGCAGUCCGCCACCACUCAAGACCAUCGACAUACAGGCUUGUAGCUGUAGCAGUACAACCAGAAGGUUUCCAGAAAAGUCCUUCCGGAGCACUGUGUGGACCGACCUUCUGAUUUCGUGACUUUUCAGUUUAGACUGUGCGGCAUAAAGUUGCUCGUACACAUGUGUUUAUUAAUAGUGUACUUUAUUGCUGUACCACAUCUCUGUUGUUGUUGAUGAGCAUACAGUUUUCCAGCACUUACUGUGUAAUCUCUGACCAUGUUCAGUGACAUUCAGUCCCUGUAUUUUUGAAAACCCUCAUUGCAAGGCUGUAGACAUGUAAAUAAUUUCCGACAGAAAUAGAAUGUAUAAGAAACUCAGAGGUGUUUGCAGAAAUAAAGAAAAUUCUGCUCCUGGUACAUAUGAUGGGAAAGCCACAGAGAAAAAAUAAGGUAAAUGUGUUAGAAGGAACCUUAGCACAAUGUGAGGUUUCUAACCAAAAUGAUUGUCUGUGUGCGUGUGUUUGAGUGUGUGUGACACAGAGGGUGAGAGCAAUCACCAAAUGCUUGCCUUGGGCACUUGUCAGGAUGUUUUUUCAUGUAACUGUGACUGUGAAUAUCAGAGUUUCCGUCAGGGUGAGUGAACAAUAAUACCCAACAGAUCCAGUUCAACACU